AAAUAUUCUUAUAGCUCUAAACCAACAAAUAAAAGCGGUAUAAGUAUUUUGUUUAUUUUGCCUGUUUCAUCAAGCAUUCAGUUUCCAACUAGACGACGAUAGAAACGCAAGUGCAAAUUUUCAUUGGCGACGACAAUCAUUCUUAAUGCAAAUGGUAUUUCAGUGUUAAAGACAAAUUGUUAUUUACAACCGCGAAGUGUGUGAACUUUAUUUGUGCAAGAAACUAUGCUCCUCAACCGAAACAAAUUAGGUAGCGUUCGGCCUCCAAAACGUUGCAGAAGUGAUAUGGAUACUACAUCAGCUUCAGACAUUGUUAUCAUACAUGGGAAUUCGCAUCCAGACUUAGCAAAUCUGGUGGCAGAGCGAAUGGGAAUCAAAAACGGAGGUUGUUCUGUUUUUCAUAAAACAAAUAGAGAGACGAUGGUAGAAAUUGGAGAUUCUGUACGCGGCAAAGAUAUUUAUAUUGUUCAAACGGGCACAAAAGAUGCGAAUAAUAAUAUUAUGGAACUACUAAUAAUGGCCUACGCCUGUAAAACCUCAUCUGCGCGAUCAAUUGUUGGUGUGAUUCCUUAUUUACCGUAUUCUAAGCAAUGCAAGAUGCGAAAACGUGGCUGUAUUGUAACCAAGUUGCUGGCAAAGAUGAUGUGCACCUCUGGCCUAACCCAUAUAAUUACAAUGGACUUGCAUCAAAAAGAAAUACAAGGCUUUUUUGACAUACCAGUUGAUAAUCUUAGAGCUUCUCCAUUUCUUCUACAAUAUAUACAAGAAAGUAUACCCGAUUAUCGAAAUUCGGUGAUAGUGGCCCGCGAUCCAGGCUCUGCAAAAAAAGCAACAUCUUAUGCUGAGCGAUUACGUUUAGGUAUUGCUGUCAUACAUGGUGAGCAAAAGGAAGCAGAAAGUGAUGAAGUUGAUGGCAGAUACUCGCCUCCUCCAGUGAGCAAUAGCAGAACACGAACUAUAAGCGUCUCAGUUGGCGUACCUGAACAUCCGCCCAAAGUAAAACCGCCCAUCAAUGUUGUUGGAGAUGUCAAUGGACGUAUAGCAAUAAUGGUGGACGAUCUUAUUGAUGAUGUACAAUCAUUUGUAGCAGCAGCAGAAGUCUUAAAAGAGAACGGAGCUUGCAAAAUUUACGUUCUAGCCACACAUGGAUUACUCAGUUCAGAUGCACCAAGACUUAUUGAGGAAUCUCCUAUUGAUGAAGUUGUCGUAACAAAUACCAUUCCACAUGAAAUUCAAAAACUGCAGUGUCAUAAAAUAAAAACGAUUGAUAUAUCUAUUCUAAUAGCUGAAGCUAUACGUCGCAUCCAUAACAAAGAAUCAAUGUCUUAUCUCUUCCGAAACGUCACUCUGGAAGACUAAAUAAUUCAAACUACAAUUUCGUUUUUUUACUUUAAACGAUCAAUUUGCUUAAAUAAUAAUAUAUAUGAAAGUUAUGUAUAUGAACAAUUUCUAAUUGAUUAAUACUAAUAAUGUUUUUAUUUCUUUAUUUAAUAAAUUAUAUAUAAUACAAAACCGUUAAGGACAUAAAAUAUUCAGAAAUAUAAAAUUCAAAGGAAUUACAAUUUAAACUGUAAACUAUUUUAAUGUAAAAAACCCCAUAUAUG